CGAAAAUGACUUUUUUCUACAAAUCAUAAAGAUAUUGGAACUUUAUAUUUUAUUUUUGGAAUUUGAGCCGGAAUAAUUGGAACAUCUUUAAGAUUAUUAAUUCGAGCAGAAUUAGGAACUCCUGGAUCUUUAAUUGGAGAUGAUCAAAUUUAUAAUACUAUUGUUACUAGUCAUGCUUUUAUUAUAAUUUUUUUUAUAGUUAUACCAAUUAUAAUUGGAGGGUUUGGAAAUUGAUUAGUUCCUUUAAUAUUAGGAGCCCCUGAUAUAGCUUUCCCCCGAUUAAAUAAUAUAAGAUUUUGACUUUUACCCCCUUCUUUAACUCUUUUAAUUUCAAGAAGUAUUGUAGAAAAUGGGGCAGGAACUGGGUGAACAGUUUAUCCCCCCCUUUCAUCUAAUAUUGCCCAUGGUGGAAGUUCUGUUGAUUUAGCCAUUUUUUCCCUUCAUUUAGCGGGUAUUUCCUCCAUUCUUGGUGCCAUUAAUUUUAUUACUACAAUUAUUAAUAUAAAAUUAAAUGGAAUAAUAUUUGAUCAAAUACCUUUAUUUGUUUGAGCUGUUGGUAUUACUGCUUUACUCUUACUUUUAUCACUUCCUGUUUUAGCAGGUGCUAUUACUAUACUUUUAACAGAUCGAAAUCUUAAUACCUCUUUCUUUGAUCCUGCUGGUGGUGGAGAUCCUAUUUUAUAUCAACAUUUAUUUUGAUUUUUCGGUCAUCCAGAAGUUUAUAUUUUAAUUUUACCUGGAUUUGGAAUAAUUUCUCAUAUUAUUUCUCAAGAAAGUGGAAAAAAAGAAACAUUUGGUUCUUUAGGAAUAAUUUAUGCUAUAAUAGCAAUUGGAUUAUUAGGAUUUGUAGUUUGAGCUCACCAUAUAUUUACAGUUGGUAUAGAUAUUGAUACCCGAGCUUAUUUUACCUCAGCAACUAUAAUUAUUGCAGUACCAACUGGUAUUAAAAUUUUUAGUUGAUUAGCUACUCUUCAUGGAACACAAAUCAACUAUAAUCCAGCUAUAUUAUGAAGUCUUGGAUUUGUAUUUUUAUUUACAGUUGGAGGAUUAACUGGUAUUAUCCUAUCUAAUUCAUCUAUCGAUGUAAGUUUACAUGAUACUUAUUAUGUGGUAGCUCAUUUUCAUUAUGUUUUAUCUAUAGGAGCUGUAUUUGCAAUUUUAGCAGGAUUUAUUCAUUGAUACCCAUUAUUUACAGGAUUAUCUUUAAAUCCAUUUCUUUUAAAAAUUCAAUUUUUUACUAUAUUUAUUGGUGUUAAUUUAACAUUUUUCCCCCAACAUUUUUUAGGAUUAGCAGGAAUACCUCGACGAUACUCAGAUUAUCCCGAUGCUUAUAUUUCUUGAAAUAUUAUUUCUUCUCUAGGUUCAUAUAUUUCUUUAUUAGCUAUCAUAUUAAUAUUUAUUAUUAUUUGAGAAUCUAUAAUUAAUCAACGAAUUAUUUUAUUUUCCUUAAAUUUAUCUUCUUCCAUUGAAUGAUAUCAAAAUUUUCCACCAGCUGAACAUUCAUAUAAUGAAUUACCUAUUUUAAGAAACU